GUGCAAAGAUUCUCCCGUAUAAUAGUAGUCGUAGCAACCACACACAAACCACAUCGUACACGCUAUCUCUUUCAUGAACGUAAAGCCAGUCUUACAGGUAUCUUUAAACAACAAUCGAAUAAACAAUCGAUCGAUAAUCCGUUCGAUGCAGGUGCGAUUGUUUUUUAAUUGGCGCCAUCGAAUCGGAAGAAGAAGACGAGAACAGACUCUUUCGGUCUUCGCGACGCGUCGGUACCAUUCUUGAUUGGUACUACUUUAUAUUAAAAGUUCUUGAUAGUUUGUGGUUGACUAUGUUAGUGGGUUUUCAUAGUGUUUCCGGUUUGGUGUCUGUGGAGAAAUAAUUAAAAGCUCUAUUUAAGCAAAUAAUUCCAUUACAAGUUCAUAGUGCAAUUGGUAACGUAAUUAUAAUAUUUUAUACUAACUUGAAGAUGCAUCCUUUUUUUUAUUUAUCCACAAAGAGCCAAUAACUUUCUCGUAUUUUAGUUAAAAAAAAAAGAAUUCUAAGUAAGAACAAGUAGUUUAAGUGUAGUGAUUUUUGCGUCAAAGUUAAUUAAAAUCAGUAGUAACAGUUAUUUUAUUGUGAACAAAGCAACAUGGGCCCCUUAACGAUGGGGCCCAUUAUUGGACAUCUGUGGUGGUUAGUGAUCAUCACUUUGGGUAGCGCUGAGAUUUUAGAAAAACCAAGGUUUAGAGGUUUAUACACCAAUGAACUUACAGAAGCCCAUGAAGCAAUACCAAUAAAAGUGGACCACAAUGGAAACCAUCUCUCAGACAGCCUCAUUCACCACUACAUAACAAAAAACGAUACUCUCAGAAUAAACGUAACAAUAUAUGCACAAGAUCAUCAUCUGGUUUUAACACCAAGUAAAGAUUUUUUGGCACCACAAGUUAUUAUAGAACGAAGACUAAAGGAUCGACAUGUUAGAACAAGACCGAAACAUAUCAGUGCUAAUUGUCAUUAUCAAGGAUACGUACAUGGAGAUGGAAAUAGUAGAGUAGCUUUAUCAACUUGCAAUGGAUUGGCAGGCACGAUCCAAACCAGUUAUGGAAAAUUCUUUGUCGAACCUUCAUACCAUCCUGAUCAAAUCAUUACUCCUGGACAUAAACAUCUGAUAUAUAAAAGAUCCGCAGUAAUAAACAGCCUACCAGAAAAUAUUACUCUAAAGAAAAAACGAAAAAAGAAACGAAAGAAAUACAAUCAUAAUCAGUCAAACUGUGGAACGAGAGAACCAAAAAGAUGGACACAAAUCGAAUGGCAAAAACAGAUGGGGAAAGUGAGAGUACAAGAACGCAAGCACAAGCAUAACAAAAUUCAGAAUAAAGUAAAAUUAAAUAAUGUUGAUCAAUCUCAGUGGAAGAAGCUCAAGUAUAAACACGUAAAUUCAGCGCAAAGGAGCAAGCGAUCUGUAAGUCAGCCACACUUUGUAGAAACCGCUAUUGUUGCUGAUGGUAGCAUGGUAGAGUUUCAUCAAGAUGGAGAUAUUGAAACCUAUAUUUUAACUUUAAUGAACAUGGUGUCUUCAUUUUAUCAAGAUCCAACAAUCGGCAACUACAUUAACAUAGCUGUGGUUAAGAUCAUCCUUUUGGAUGACUCUUCAGAAAAUCCAGAAUUUAAUUCGACAACAAAUGCGGAUGUAACACUCAAAAACUUUUGUAAAUGGCAAAGAGAACAAAAUCCUAAGGACGACUCACAUCCUCAUCAUCAUGAUGUUGCCAUUUUAUUAACCAGAAAAGACAUCUGCGCAAGACAAGAUACACCUUGUGGAACCCUAGGAGUAGCUCACAUAGGAGGGAUGUGCAAAGCAUCUAGAAGCUGCAGUGUCAACGAAGAUAAUGGAAUAACUUCUGCACAUACUAUAGCACACGAGAUGGGUCACAACUUUGGUAUGUUACAUGACACUGAAAAAAUUGGCUGCAAGAGGAAAGAAGGAAACAAGGUGCAUAUAAUGACGCCGGCUCUCGACGCAGAUGCUGUACAAGUUACUUGGUCAAAUUGCAGCCGAAGAGAAGUUACAAAUUUCUUAGAUAAAGGAAUGGGAAAAUGUUUGCAAGAUAGACCAUCCGAAUCCUACGAAUAUCCUGAGUUACCAGCAGGAGCUAUGUAUAAUGCAGAAUAUCAAUGCAGAUUUCAGUUUGGUACUCCCGACGCCACCGUUUGCACACCCCUGGACGAAAUCUGCUUUAGACUAUGGUGUACAGUAAACGAUUCAUGCACCACCCUCUUAAGGCCUGCAGCACCUGGAACAAAUUGUGGCAAACAUAAAUGGUGCCAAGAUCAAAAAUGCGUUCCAAUUAUGGAUCCACCGGUACCCAUAGAUGGCGGCUGGGGAGAGUGGAGCAGCUGGUCAGAAUGUUCUAGAACAUGUGGAUCUGGAGUCUCAAUAAUGAGCAGAGAGUGUGAUCAUCCUACGCCUACCGCUGGAGGAAAGUUUUGUGUUGGUGAAAGAAAACGUUAUAGAAUAUGUAAUACUGAUCCAUGUCCAGAAGGAGAGCCAACUUAUAGGGCUCUACAAUGUUCAUCAAACAAUAACAAAACGUAUGAGGGAAAAAAGUAUGAGUGGCAACCAUAUUUUGAUCAAGCGGAACCGUGUCAGUUAUACUGCAGUGACGUAAAUGAAACUCUUAUUGUACCUUGGGGAGAUUAUGCAGCCGAUGGCACGCCUUGUAAUGUAGUCUCAAGAGAUGUUUGUAUAUCGGGAAUUUGUAAAAAAGUUGGAUGCGAUUGGGUAGUCGACUCUGCGGCAAAAGAAGAUGAAUGUGGCAUAUGCCAAGGAGAUGGCACCAAAUGCGACAUUAUACAGGGUGAAUACAAGAAGCAAAGUAGUUUGCCAGGAUACAGAGAAAUCGUGGUGAUUCCUGGUGGAGCAAGAAAUAUUUUUGUAGCUGAAAAUGAUCAGUCUGAGAAUUAUAUUGGGUUGGAGAAUGCAUUGGAGAAAAAAUAUUAUUUAAAUGGAAAGAGACAUAUAACCUUACCAGGAGAAUAUAACGUAGGGGGUGCACAGGCUUUGUAUGAGAGAGACCAUUUGUUGGAAAAAAUUAGGAUUCCUGGUCCUAUUUAUGAGCCAAUAUUAGUUUCGAUAUACUUUGUUGGCAAAACUUAUAACCCAGGUGUAGUAUGGAAAUAUUCCAUCUGGAAACCAGAAGUCACAAAGCAAGUUAAAUAUACGUGGAUAAUGGAUGAAUGGUCCCAAUGUUCAGCUACUUGUGGUGGAGGUACUCAAUAUAAAAAGGCACUUUGUCAGGAAAGUACAGUGUCACCAGUGGCAUCAGAAUUAGAAAGUCCCACAAUAGUAGCAGAAGAAAUGUGCGAUGAUGUUACAAAACCAGAUAAGCAGGUCAGAAAUUGCAAUGAUGAUCCUUGUCCUUACAAAUGGUGGGUUGGUCCUUGGCAAGCUUGUCCAGUAACCUGUUAUGAUGGAGGAAAAAGGCCAAUGAGGAAACGAAACCUUAUGUGUAUAGACGGCAAAGAAGUUGCCUUGCCUGAUCACUAUUGCGAUAGAGGUGCAAAACCACAUGAAUAUGAACCAUGUAAACAUUUGUUACCAUGUGAAGCUUACGAAAGAUAAUGUAUGUUUUUUUUAAUAAAAAGUAGAUUUAGUAUAUAUAAAAUUUUUAGGGCUUUUGUGCAUAACUUAUAUCUGUAUUCUACUAAAUAAUAAUUUAUUUAUUUAUUGAAUUAUUAGUUUAACAUGGUAACAGAAUUGUCUUAUUAGGUUAAUAUUAGUCCUCCGUAACUAUUUAGUUUUUUGUUUUUUUUUAUGUAAAAUAUAUUUUUAUUUUAUUUAAUACACUAAUUUUAAAUUUUGCAGGAAUAUAUUAAAUACAGUAAUUUUAAAACAAAAUUUUUAAAAAAUUAUGAUUUUAUUUAUAAAUUAGAAGACUGAACAUGUUAUCUAAUAUUAGUAAAAUAUUUUUUUGCUUACAUUUGUUUGGCGUGCUUAAUUAAGUUUAUUAAUGUAAUAAAAAUUUAUGAGCUUUAGUUACA